GUGCAGGUCUGCCUGGAAGAGUGGAUGAUAAAAAUUAAAGCAAUGUAUAGGAUGUGCUAGUUUCACUGCCAGGCGUGAGCAAGCUAUUUUUAGAAACCUUUUCUUGCAGAGCAGGAGUGGGAGAGCUGUUAAGUGGUAGAGAGACACAGAAAUAUAUUGACAGAAAGAGAAAUCAAGCAAAAAGACUGAAAAAUACAAAGCCACAGCUCUGACUCCAUCUCAGGAACACAGUAACAUUCCCUUGCAGCAUCCAUAUCCUUCCACUGUGAGCGCCUCCGACCAGCUGUACUGAAUGCGUAUACCUCUUUGACUAGAAAGGAAAACUCAGACAAGGAACAUGGAUUUCGUUAUGAAACAAGCUUUAGGGGGGGCAACAAAGGAUAUGGGAAAGAUGUUGGGAGGUGAAGAGGAAAAAGAUCCUGAUGCCCAGAAGAAGGAGGAAGAGAGACAAGAAGCUCUACGCCAGCAAGAGGAUGAAAGGAAGGCAAAGCAUGCCCGAAUGGAAGCAGAACGGGAGAAAGUCCGGCAACAGAUAAGAGAUAAGUAUGGAUUAAAAAAGAAAGAAGAAAAGGAAGCUGAAGAGAAAGCAGCAAUGGAGCAACCUUGUGAGGGCAGUUUGACUCGCCCAAAGAAAGCCAUCCCUGCAGGAUGUGGCGAUGAUGAUGAAGAGGAUGAGGAGAGCAUUUUGGACACCGUACUCAAGUACCUCCCAGGUCCUCUGCAGGACAUGUUCAAAAAGUAACCAUAGCCUGCCAAGCGGACCUCUUCUUUAGCCAAACUUAUUUUCAGCUACAAAAAAGGGACCAGCAAGGAUAUCCUUGAUGACGAGAUACAUAUAAGCACACAAAUGGAUAACACAAGUAUAAGCAAGCAUUUGUCAAGCCACCUGAUCUUCUGUACCAACGAACAUAA